UCGCCCAUGGCAUGUAUUACACUCGUGUGCCCUCGCAAUUCGACGUGUGCUGUAUAUAGCCGCAGUUUCGCGCGAGGAUAUCUUAUAAUUUUGCACACAUUCAGCUAUAGUCCGCGCGCGAGGCGACACACUGCGAGCAACUGUCUUCGUGCGCUGUGCAACUGUGUAGCAUAGGUGUGUGCGUGUCCGUGUGUGAGUCCAGUUCUAAUACGACACUCGAACACACGCGUAUUUAUAUAACUGUGCGUAUAUAUAUAUUGUAUGUGCGCCGUCAGCCCGUGACAGUGUGUGCGUGAUAUCAUCAUAACGCGAAGAGAACGUGCCGGGGUUGCAUGCAGCGGCACGACACACACUUUCGAGUUUCGGCUGAUGAUCCGCAGUAGUGGUGCGCGCGCGAGACACCGUAACGAUACAACAAAGAGAUACUGCGCCUGUGUGUUCGCGCAUUUUUGAUUUUAUAUUAUUAUAUUGUUGAGUAUCGUCGCCAACAGUCGCGGCUCGACUACUCGGCGCUCGACGACACCGACACUAAUAUACUCUGUCUCUCUCUCUCACCACGCGAGCGCGAGAGGCUGUGUGUUGUUCGGUAUCGUCGUCAGUUUCUCCGCGACAGAUUGAGUGCGAGUGCGUGUCGAGCACGUUCGUGCAGUUCACCCCCCAAAAAAGUGUAAAAAAGUGGAUUUUAACCGUUGUUAGUCUUCCUUUUUUUAACGAAAAAUCUUAUGAUCUCAUUAAGGUUAAUCCGAACUUUUAUCGUCUCUCCCUUUCUUCAUCUUUUUUUUAAUCUCACCGGAUUUUUAUAAGAAUAGAGAGAAGUGAAUUAUUGUCAAAGUGACCAAAGUUUUUUUAGUCGAAUACCAAAGUUAUAGAUUAUUUAUAAAAUUUCGUGAACUUUAUUGAUAAACGUGUGUGUACUGAGAUAUCUCGCGUAUACAUUGCCGUGUUAAAUGUACCAAGGAAUAUCUAGUACAUCGAUAUAAUUGAUCAACGCACUGUGUGCCCUGUGUCCGUGUAUAAUAAGACUCUCAGUGCUUUGGUUCGCGCCUUCGAACCCCUCCCCUUCUUCGACUACUCGAAGCUUACGAGCUCGAACCAGAGAGAGGAUACGAUUUUUCGAAUAAAGGAACGUGGGCGCCGCGCGCUGCAUUCGUACCGGCCGGCGAGUCUUGGCUUGCAACGGUCAACCGAAACAAACUGCAAAGAGAAAAAAGCCGAGUUACGAGAUCGAGCGUAUAACAGUUGACUGGAGGAUCUGUCGUACAGAGUCCUAGCGAAAAUAACAAGAGAGGAAAUUCUCCGACCGAGAACGGUAGCAGCAACAGUUCCGCAGCAGCAGCAGCAGGCGCCAUUAUCCAGAAAAUACCGCGGACGAUGGACAAUCAGGCAGAGAUGGACGUGGACCAAGGUGGCCGAGACGACAACCAGCAAUUCUGCCUAAAGUGGAACAGCUUCGGCUCGAAUCUUGCUGAGGCGUUCUCAGUUCUUUAUCGAAGUGGCAGCAUGACAGACUGCACGAUCUUCUGCGCCGAACAAACGUUCGCGGUACACAGGAUCGUUUUGGCAGCAUGCAGCUCGUUCUUCAUGUCCGUCCUUGAAAAAACGUUUCCGAACUCGCCACACGCCACCGUGAUCAUCCUGAACGUCAAGCCCGACAACAUGAAGGCACUGCUCGAGUUCAUGUACUCGGGACAGGUGAACGUGUCCCAGGACACGCUCAAAGAGUUGCUCAAGGACGCAGAGAAUCUGCAGAUAAAAGGACUGUCGGUGAUCGAUCCGGAAAAGGUGGAAAGGAUGGGGCCGGAUGAGGUGGCCAGCACCCUGAAGGAUUCCAGGCUGCAGCUGUCGACGAGAGGCCCGCUCGGCCUGCACAACAACAACAACUCGCACGAGGACGACCACAACAACGGCCUGUCCCAUCAUCAGCGUCUGAACCAUCUGAGCCAGCAGACGAUCAUCCUCAACGGGCACCACGGCAGCUCGUCCAGCAGCACCACGCCCUCGAACACGCCGCACAACUCGAGCUCGAGUCCGGGCGCCGACGUGCAACAGCAGCAGCAGCAGCUCGCGGCCAACAACAACGCCGGCCAGAGAAACGACCUCGAGAACGGGGACGGCGGCAGCAGGGCGCAGGCCCUGGCCAAGAUGCGCCUCGGCAGCGAGUCGCCCAACGGCCACAACAACCACAGCAGCGCCGGCGGCUCGCCGGCCCUCACCGGCAUACCCGGCUACGGCUCGUUCCUCGCCCAGCAGACCAUGUUCUACGACAGCCCGCAGAAGAGGCUCAUGAGGAAAAACGGCAUCAAGAGCGAGCUCCAGGACAUGAGCAACAGGUCGGCGAUGAUAAACGAUGCGAAUUAUCGUUCCAGCGUGUCGCCGCACCCAUCCUCGCACUCCAUGUCCAUCGAUCCCCGCUUCCAAUACGUCGCGAAUCAUCUGUCGCCGCUGGCCGCGGCCUCGCCCCAGCACCAUCAGCGCCACUCGCCCAACAAUCUCAACUCGCCCGAUCGUCAUCACGAUCGGGAUCGCUCGAUGGAGCGCGACGACAACAACGCCGCCGAAGAUUUAAGCAUCAAGCACGAGCCGGAGAUCAAGACCGAGAUGGAAUUGCGAAAUCGCCUCUCGACCGAAUUGUACAACAUGAACGGUCGCGCCGGCAGCAGCUCGGCCGGCCUCUACGACGGCCCCGCGUUUCCGCACAACGGCGAGAGCUCCGCGCACCAGCAGGCGGUCGUCCGCAACCUUAUCAUGUCGGGCGGCGGCAACAUCGCCCUCGACGCGAGCGCGGGCCGGCCCUGCAGCCCGUCCGCAUGGAACGCCAAGAUCAACAAAGCCGGUACCGUCUCCACACCCGAGGGCCGAUCGAAAGCACAAGCACUUUUUACGUCUUCCGCAAUAGCAGCAGCAGUAGCAGCAGCAGAAGAAGCAACGGCAGAGACAGGCGAAAGAAAGAAACUCAAGUGCCCGUUCUGCGAGAGGCUCUACGGCUACGAGACGAAUCUACGAGCCCACGUGCGACAGCGCCACCAAGGUAUCAGAGUGCCCUGUCCGCACUGCGAUCGCACGUUCACGCGGCGCAACACCGUGCGGCGUCACAUAGCGCGCGAGCACAAGAACACCGUGAACCAGCCGAUCCCGUCGCCCGACAAGGACCCCAACUCCAGACAGGGUGGCAGCCGCGGCGGAGGCUCGAGAGCCCAGUAGCUAGAGGUGGCCGCGGCAGCACAGCGAUCACCCAGCAGCGAUAAUAGUCCACCCAUAGGGCGGCAUCGUCGUCAACGAUCCCACAGCCCCGUCGCUGUCGUCGACCAUUGCCAGCUGAGCAAUGGCGACGGCAGUGCCUCGUGCAGCAGCGUCAACAGCGCCAGCGCCGAUGGCGGCGGUGGCGGCGGCUUCAACAGCGUCAUAAGCUGCUACGUAAACAGGUAUCAGCGAGAGGACGACGCCUCGAGUGGACUGACGGCGACGACGACGACGACGACGACCCCCUUUAGCUCUAAGACCUUGAAAUCAUGACUACUACCGACCUCUCCAAUUGCUUCGUAUCCCCUAGUAGUAGUGGAAGCAGCAUCGGCUGCAGCUGCAGCGGCUACAACACCGGCAGGAGCAGCAGCAACUACAAGAAUCAAGAGCUCUCGCCGCCGAUUGGGCUUGUUCGCCAACACCGCGAGGACGAUGAAGGUGCCCGGUGCCCGGUCUGCGAGAUAAUUCAAUGAACACAAGUACUAUUCACAAAGCUAGUCAAUGAAAAUGUGCAAAUGACCAGCCGAGAAUCCAUCGUUCGCACGAGCUCCACAGGCGGACACACACAAACGAUGACCAAGAACGCGGAAUACGCGUUGCAGAGCCUAGUCGUGUUUACAUAGGCGCAGCAGCCGCUAGUUCUCGAGCGAUGGAUUGAGAAAAAAAAAGGAUUAAAUAAAUGAAUAAAAACGUUGACAAUGGUUUAAGGACGGUAUAAUCGUGAUUACGCGUAGCUUAUUACAGAUCGAUAAAUGAUGAUUAAAUUAUGUUUAUAAUGAACCACAGCAAAUUAUGAUAGAAAUUAUGAUACAAAUUAUGUUUAUAAAUGAAAAAAGCAGUGAAUGCGACUUAAAAAAUUAUGCAUAGUAAUGUCUAUGCAGGCUGCACGAGAGUCUGCAUACUACUAGAUAAUGGCACGCUUUGUCGUUGCAUUGAAAGAGAUGAAUUGAUAGUGUGCUUGGGAUAAUGAAUGAAUGAAUGGGUGUGUGCUGAUCAUAAUUAAUAGUGUUUAUGAUGAUUACAACUGUGUUGUGCAUUUUAACGAAAAAAAAAAGUAAUUAACAGAGUAUGUGAUAUAACGUUAUUUAUGCAGAUUUAAAAAAAAAGAUGAUUGCAUAUAAUUCAAAAUAAGUCAUUGAUAAACUCUCAAAACUUCAUGACUUAAAUAUUAAUACAAUAGCUGAAAUAUGAGGUUUUCGAGGAGCGCUAAUAUCUACCGUAAAAAGUUAAGAAUACGUUUAAAUGAUAAUAUGAAUCUAUCGUUACCGCAAUAAUUGACAAAGACUAUAGUUUAUAUUAUUAAAAAGAGGUGAAUGAAAUGAAAAAAUAAUAAUGAUAAUACGUCGACGUAUAUUAUACGGUGAAGUCCAGAAGGGUACACAAAAGAAACUAAAAAACCAAGCUGCGAUAAAUACUGUUUAAAUGAUCCUAGUUUUUUAUACACAGAUAUAAAUAAUAGAAAAGAGAACUAAACUGUUAAAUAAUAUACAAACACUGUCUCACAUAAACACACAUUUAAAAUGCGCACCGGGUAAUCGGACCACCCGCGUAAAAGUUUUUAACCGGGCCUCCGAAACCCGGUCGACAUUUACUUUCUUUUAUAUUUUGUAUUAUUCAAGUCGAAGUUAUUUGUGCUAAGUUCAGGAUUAUUAAUAGUAAUUCUAAAAGUAUUACAAGGGAUUUUUUUUGUUAUAGUACAAUAGUACAAUAGGCAUAACAUAUAAAAUCUGUUACCAUAAAUGGAAGUCAUUUCAACUACAAUAAUUCUUGUACUACUAAUACACGCACAGUGCCAAACCAAUUCUCACAGUUAUUAAUAAUUAUUAAUUGUAUAAAAAUGUUUUUUUUUGGUUUAAUAAAUUUUCUAUCAAAUGAAACAGA